AAAACUUUUUAAUCUACCCAUCCAAUGGAUCCAAAUCCAAACCCCCAUCUCAUUUGAUAGAGAGGCAGUUGUAAAUGCAACACAAACCACACUUAUAAUGCCACUGUUGAUAUCCAGAGCCGCCUUCUUCUUGCACCCAAGGCCAAGGUUACUUUCGUCCAUGGCAGAUUUAACCUCCGUUAGCACCCCCAACGUCUGUACCAAGGCAAGGCUGAGAGGCGUUGUCUUCGACAUGGACGGAACCCUAACGAUCCCAGUUAUCAAUUUCCCGGCAAUGUACAAGGCCGUGCUUGGCGAAGAAGAGUAUCUGGCCAUUAAAACCAAGAGUCCUUCGGGGAUCGACAUAUUGCAUCAUAUCGAGAAUUGGAGUCCCGAUGAGCAGAAAAGGGCUUAUGAAAUCAUCGCCGAUUUCGAAAAUCAGGGUCUUGAUCGCCUCCAAAUCAUGCCCGGUGCAUCAGAACUUUGUGGUUUCCUUGACUCAAGGAAUAUUAGAAGGGGAUUAAUCACUCGCAAUGUCAAGGCAGCAGUUGAUUUGUUUCAUAAAAGGUUCGGGCUGCUAUUUUCUCCAGCACUAAGCAGGGAAUUUCGUCCUUAUAAACCGGAUCCAUCUCCGCUGCUGCAUAUCUGUUCAACUUGGGAAAUUCCACCUAAUGAAAUAAUGAUGAUCGGAGAUAGCCUUAAAGAUGAUGUGGCUUGUGGGAAACGAGCAGGAGCAUUUACGUGCUUGCUUGAUGAAACAGGGAGAUAUAAUUCUCCAGAAUAUGCAUCUGUGGAAUUUCAACCAGAUUACAAGGUAUCUUCUCUUGCUGAAGUCUUUCCGAUAUUGGAAUCAAAUUUUGACCUGGCACCAUGAUUGCCAAAUCCCUUGAUGGUACAAACUUGGAUUCUCAAAUAGAGGAGCAUACAUUUUGUGUGCUAUUCGUGUAAGCUAGAACUAGUUACAAGUCAUUGGACAUGUUUGCUUGAUUCUGUAAUGAUUUUGUUGAUAGUGGAAACCCCCGUAGAAUGAGAAAAUGGAAAUGGGAAAAUACCGAAGAAACAUUUUGCUUAAGUGAGAGAAAUUCCUUUCUCCAAUCCAGAAGAGCAAAGUUUUGAGACUUUGUCUUGUGGUGUGAGUAAUGGCCUGCAGAGUAGCCAGAUUUCAUCUGUUGUAAGUAAUUUGUCAGUAGCAAAGUAAUAUUUAACAGAGAUUUGCAAAUUCAUCUCUCUAUACUGUUUUCGUAUUGUAUAUUUGUGUGGCGGCCUCCUUUCUUCUUGCUA